AUGAGUUUGGAUCGUAUCAUUCAGGAUUCCGAUGAGGAUGAACCCUUUGAGGGGGAUGAACUCCCCGCCUCUGUCAACCCUAUCCACCCCUCCGAGCCUGCAUUGCAGCAGGAAUAUCAACAUGCCCCCACCAAACAGACGAAAAACAAUGCCUUGUAUGAACAUGGUCCUGCUCCCGAUGAAAGCAUCUUCCCACAACUGAACGUCAAUUUUGAUGAGUUCCUCCAAUCGCAAGAAAGGGGCCAUUCAACGCUAUCGUCGUCGCAGCAGCGGCGGGAAGACAAAUGGAUCCCCUCAACCAGUGAGGGUGGAAGUGGGUCGGUUGGCGCCAUGAUGACGGAGAUCGGAAUCGCGCAGCGAAGACUGCUGGACGACGACCCUACAAGUGCAAGCCUACUGCUCCCUUCUACGCCCGCGCUGUACCCGACAGAAUCAUUUCAGUCCGCGCCAUUUCCUACCAUAACAAGUUAUCACUCAUACCAGAUGGAUCAACCGGAGAGUGGCAGCUUCACAUAUAAUCCAGCACCCAUUGGCGUCUACCCCGAUGCAAAUCAGAUUUUGUUGCCCACCAGACAGGUUACCUAUGACUUGACUCCCCCUAACACCACUAACACAAUGGCUUCGCCUCCGAAAAUCGUUCCUCACCAAACUACCGAGCCCGUCAUGGAACAGGAGAACCCACAUUCAAACCCACAGUCAAACCCACCCCACGAAGCUUCACAGCCCAAAUCUCAGCAGACGGGUCCCCAUUCCCCCCAUGACACCGAGCCUCUCUCCUCCGUUGUGUCUAUGCGUUUUAGCGAAGCCAAGACCACCACCGCCGGAACCAGUCUCAUUUCCCCGCAGCAAUCCCAGUCAAGCACGCACGACGAGCUCGCUCUGGCAGCUGUCCAACCAACUGUGCCAGAUGUCGAGACGGCCCGUGCAAAGAAGAAGCGAGGACGGCCCAAGAAAAAACCCGUGCCAGACAACGACGAAGACGAUGAGCUAGCCAACUCUCGGGACCACGAGUUCAAACACCCUGGCGCAAAUGGUGCGAUUGACCCCUCCGAUAACGAAGAGACGACGGAAAAUAACACCCCGAGCUCGAGUGGCGUCUCCGAUGAGACUGACGAAGAAAAUGUAGAAGCAGUCCCCAAGCCUGCAAAAUCAGGACCCAAGGAGCCGAAAAAGAAGAAAGCCAAAAAAAGCAAAACAACCCCCGCCCCGCCUGAUGCCGAUGACGACGUGAUAUGGGUGGACACGAAGCCUCUCAGCGUGGAACCUUCAACCGGGAAUGCCACUCCACAGACCGAAACCCCAGAGGCCCCAAGACAGGAUUUACCCUCCAAUGAUUUGGACUCGAACCCUCCUGUUGCCCCCCAGGCGACAAUCCCCGCAGUUGAAGAGAAGACACAAAACCCCGAAAAACCAGCACCCAAGAAACGCGGACGCAAGCGAAAGCAGACAACCGAGCAAGCGGAAACACCAUCCGAGUCCGCAGAUACGCCCGAACCAAACAAGCCACCCUCCGGAGCCCAGACUCCGGCGUCGAAAUUGGCUGUCGUUGUCGAUAAUAGUCCUAAAUCCAUGCUGGAAACUAACACGGGUAACAACAAUACGUCUGUUGUUCAAAGCAAGGACCAGAACCCCCCUCCACUUCCUGGUCCUGACCAUCUCCCUGAAACUACAAUUGAUACCCCUCAGCCCCAGACUCCUUCGAAGCCCGAUGCUGCAUCUGUCAAUACACCCCAGAACGCAGGCAAGGGUCCGGAUAAGCAUAGUCCCAUCUCGGCGCGGAGUGGGGUGCCUUACCGUGUGGGAUUGAGUAAGAGGGCGAGGAUUGCGCCGUUGCUUAAGAUGGUACGGAAGUAG